AUGACGCCGACCAGCCCAGACGAUAUGGAAAAGUUUGGCCUCCGUGGCCUAGCUUCACUUGCAAAAAUGGAACAAAACGAGAAAACAACCUUCGCAAUAGGACAAGAUGUCAACUUGUUGGGACUAGAUUUAUCGAGCGACUCUCAAAUACUAGUCAAUAUGGCUUCGCCGUGGGCCGAAACAUCGAGGUCGGACGUAGAACCAGCAUUCUCCAUUCCUGAGUCGAUUCGAGCGGAAAAUGUCCAUCCUCCACCUGAACCUUGUGAUCUCAAAAUCCUGUCAUUUUCCGACGAAACCUUGUUCUACAUCUUUUACAUGAAGCCCAGAGAUACAUUACAAGAGUACGCAGCCCGAGAAUUGGUGGCACGAAACUGGCGUUACCAUAAAGAUAUUCAGGUGUGGCUCACCAAAGACAGCAAUGUAGAACCAGUGCUCAUUAGUCAAGAUGUGGAAAAGGGGGUAUAUAUAUUCUUUGAUCCUCACAACUGGGAAAAGAUCAAAAAGGAGUUUUUGCUCCAUUAUUCGUCGGUUCAGGCGUAA